AUGGCAGAAAUUACCCUUGAAACAACAACGGAAAUAGACGCAAUAUCGUCAAGUGGCUGCACUUUAAUCACAGAGUUGCCAGAAACAAUUAUGAUUAACAUAUUUGAAUACUUAAAAGGUGCAGAAUUAGAUUUAUGUAGCCGAGUGUGUACUCUAUGGAAAGAUAUCAUUGACAACAUAAUGCAUCGCCGAGUAACAACGUUUACAAGGAGAAUUUCCAAAAUGGCAGAAAUCACCCUUGAAACAACAACGGAAAUAGACGCAAUAUCGUCAAGUGGCUGCACUUUAAUCACAGAGUUGCCAGAAACAAUUAUGAUUAAUAUAUUUGAAUACUUAAAAGGUGCAGAAUUAGAUUUAUGCAGCCGAGUGUGUACUCUAUGGAGAGAUAUCAUCGACAACAUAAUGCAUCGCCGAGUAACAACGUUUACAAGGAGAAUUUCCAAAAUGGCAGAAAUUACCCUUGAAACAACAACGGAAAUAGACGCAAUAUCGUCAAGUGGCUGCACUUUAAUCACAGAGUUGCCAGAAACAAUUAUGAUUAACAUAUUUGAAUACUUAAAAGGUGCAGAAUUAGAUUUAUGUAGCCGAGUGUGUACUCUAUGGAAAGAUAUCAUUGACAACAUAAUGCAUCGCCGAGUAACAACGUUUACAAGGAGAAUUCCUCUUAGUGUAAUAAAAAACGCAAUUAACGUGAACGACUCGGAAAAACUACGUCGCUACGUUGGGUUCGAAGAUCAUUUUCAAUACAUUUGGUUCGUUUUAGAAGAUGAACAUGAAUAUGGACCUAGAACUCUGUCUACGUAUCUUAAUAAAUUCGGAGAAAUUACAUAUACUUUUAUUUCAUAUCAUAAAUAUUUGAAUUUUAUGGAGAAAGUCUAUCGAGUAAAUCGCACAUGCAGUUUCUUUAGAGAUUAUAGGUUGUCAUCAAUAGCAAAAAUACAAAUAUCAAUGUUUCCAAACAUUCCAGGUGUUAAUAUUAUUAAUCAUUCGUUGGACCGCUUUAUAUUCCGAUCUGAAUUUUAUGAGUUAACAGAUUUUAUGAAGAAAAUAAAGAAGGAAUACCGCAAAAUAAACAUCCGUCACGUACGAAAAAAAUGUGUCAUCAUCUACGAAGAUUUUGCCUUAAGGAAAAUGAUAGACAAAAAGGUUCAUUACCCGAUCGACACCGAUACAUACAUGUUCACAAUAUUUCAUGGGGAGAGAGUGAAUGCUUUUGCUCUUCGUAUUGAUGUAUCUGAAAUUAUUCCUACAAUAAAAAAGAAAUUGGAACGGUUGAAAUAUUCUAAACCCAGAAUGGUACAGAAGAGAUGUUUCCUGUAUAUUUUCAAUAAUGGGUAUGUACAGUCCACCGAUAAAGAAAUUCGAGCAAUUAAGGAAGUGUUUCCUCUAAUAAACUACGUUGCUGUUAACGUUUUACCCUUAUAUAUAUCAGUCGCAGGAGAUGUCGACUAUUUUCGUCGAAAGAUCGAUCUUGAGAUCGACCCUCUAUUUGAUAUAAUGGUUUUUGUAUGGUGGGAAUAAAUGUAUUGCAUUAAACUAGUUUUGAAUAAAAUUGGGCAUUUA